UCGUCCAUCUAAUUUGCUACCGAGUCUUACUUGAUUCUAAGCAGAAUAGACUGCCCAUCUGGGCUACUUUUAGUAGUAACUGAUAGUAUUUGAUACCGCCGAGGAGACCUGAAAGAGAAGAAUGGCUCAGGUCACAUUCACCACACAUGGAGAGAGGAUGCAAUCCUUUAAGCUUUUGAGCGGCCACGCCAUACCUGCCGUGGGUUUAGGAACCUGGAAAUCUACCUCCCCCCAAGCUCAGCACCCUGUUUACUCCGCCAUUGUUGAGGCUGGUUAUAGGCACGUGGACACUGCAGCAGAGUACGGAGUUCAAGAGGAGGUUGGGCUGGCAAUCAACAGAGCUAUACAUGCAGGAGUUGACAGGAAAUCUUUGUUUGUGACUUCUAAGUUAUGGUGCGCUGAUUUGUCCCCCGAAAGAGUCCGUCCUGCACUGGAGAAGUCACUCCGCGAGUUGCGUCUUGACUACCUUGAUCUUUACCUGAUCCAUUGGCCAUUUCAUCUGAAAGAGGGUGCAAGUAAGCCUCCUAAACAGGGGGAUGUCAUGAAAUUUAGCAUGGAAGGGGUUUGGAGGGAAAUGGAGAAGCUUGUGAAGGAUAAUCUUGUGAGAGACAUUGGAGUUUGUAAUUUCACGCUCAAAAAGCUCAGCAAGCUACUAGGUCUUGCUCAAAUCAUGCCGUCUGUAUGUCAGAUGGAGAUGCACCCUGGAUGGAGGAAUGAUAAAAUGCUAGAGGCUUGCAAGAAGAACGGCAUCCAUGUCACUGCAUACUCACCCCUGGGUUCACAAGACCACGGCCGAGAUCUUAUCCAUGAUCCUAUAGUGGAGAAGGCGGCACGGAAGCUAAAUAAGAGUCCCGGGCAGGUGCUCGUGAGGUGGGCAAUCCAGAGAGGGACUAGUACCAUCCCCAAAUCAACCCACCUUGACAGCAUUAAAGAGAACAUAAGGGUAUUUGAAUGGGAAAUCCCUGAGGAGGACUUCCGAGCUCUUUGCCGUGUUCCAGAUCAGAAGCGAGUUUUGGAUGGCGAAAAUCUGUUCGUGAACAAGACUGAUGGACCAUAUAAGAGCGUGGCAGACGUCUGGGACCAUGAAGACUAGAUACUACUAGUCAUUCAUUCGUUUUUCCUGCGAUGUUAAGUUUGAGAGGGUUUGAUAACUUAAAAUGAGCUGUAUGGAAAUGCUGGUGGCAGAUUUCAAUUUUAGUCGAGUCAGGGACAAAUUCUGUGAUUUUGUUCGCUUUUUUUUUUGGGU